CAACUUCUUGGAGAGCUCCCUGUUCAUGGUAGGGGAGAUCGGAGGGAAUGACUACAACGCAGCUCUCCAUCAGGAUCUGCCAUAUCACAAACUCAUAAGGAUCGUCCCCCGUGUAAUUCACGCCAUCUCCUCCACUAUCACUAGGUUGAUCGGAAUGGGUGCAAAAACGUUGGUGGUCCCCGGAAACCUGCCCAUCGGCUGUAUCCCGGCGUGGCUCCGGCAGUAUCGCCGGGACGACCCCAGCGACUACGACAGCAACGGUUGUCUUCUAUGGCUGAACCGGUUCUCCGAGUACCACAACGACCGCUUGACGGCUCAAUUGAACCGUCUCUCUCGAGUAUACCCCAACGUUACCAUCGCGUACGCUGAUUAUUUCGGGGCCGGGAUGCGGAUGUUCUCCGACCAACGCCGGUUCGGCAUCAGCGAACCUUUUGUUGCUUGUUGCGGAGCCGACGGGCAUGGGUGUGAGUCGACCGGACCGGUUUGCAAAAACCCGGAGAAAUACGCUUCGUGGGAGGGGUUCCACCCGACGGAGGCAACUUACAAGGCCAUUUACGAAGGUUUGGUCGACGGACCAUUUGCGAUUCCUUUACUGACGAAAAAAUAUUGAUAUCAGCGAGCACAAUAUUUCAAGUGUAUUAUAAUAAUACUCGUCAAUGAUUCAAAAUAAUGAG